AUGUUAAUGAUGAGUUACACGGAAAAGCACGAAGAUAUUACAAAAGAAGAAUGGAUGGACAAACUGAACAAUGUACACAUACAGAGGGCCGUCAUGAACCGGCUUAUUAUGAAUUACCUGGUGACUGGUAGGCCAUCAUUCACACUUUGCAUUUGUGUCAUUUGCUGCUAAAACAACCUCCAAUCUGAGCCGCGCUCAAUCCCAGUUUACUGUUCUGCUCCGAACAUCUUUGGCUUUUCAGCUUGCCUCUACUUGCAGAAUCACUCACCUUUUUCCUUGAUCUAUCCUAUAUCCGGUUGAUUGUUCUUGUGAUUUUGAUGGUCUCACUCUUGUCUGUGUUUGUGCAGAGUGGUUUAAAGAGGCAGCCGAGAAGUUCCGGAUGGAGUCUGGGAUCGAGCCCAGUGUGGACCUGGACUCGCUGGAUGAGAGGAUAAAGAUCAGAGAGAUGAUCCUAAAGGGUCAAAUUCAGGAGGCCAUCGCACUCAUCAAUCGCUUACACCCAGAACUACUUGACACCAACUGCUACCUGUACUUUCACCUGCAGGUAAGGAUGCCCUCAGUGGACUGUUUUGGGACCAGAGCCUGUCCAAAUCAUAAGCAUCUCAAUGUGGAUGUCCAUUGAAUACACCAAAACACUUGAUGAAACCUCUGUCAUCCCUCUCCAUUUCUUUCCCCUUUCCUCUUUGUAGCAACAGCACUUGAUUGAGUUAAUCAGGCUGCGGGAGACAGAGUCUGCGUUGGAGUUUGCCCAGACACAGCUGGCAGAGCAGGGGGAGGAGAGCAGAGAGUGCCUAACAGAGAUGGAGAGGACACUGGCUCUUCUUGCCUUCGACACCCCAGAGGAGUCGCCCUUUGGAGACCUGCUUAACAUGAUCCAGCGACAGAAGGUGUUUGUGUGUGUGGUCUAUCAUCUGCAUCAUUGUAUUAUAUUAUUAGAGCCUCUUUACACUACACUAGUUUGACGACACACUAGUUCCAUGACACAUACAGUGGGGAAAAAAAGUAUUUAGUCAGCCACCAAUUGUGCAAGUUCUCCCACUUAAAAAGAUGAGAGAGGCCUGUAAUUUUCAUCAUAGGUACACGUCAACUAUGACAGACAAAAUUUGGAAAAAAAAUCCAGAAAAUCACAUUGUAGGAUUUUUAAUGAAUUUAUUUGCAAAUUAUGGUGGAAAAUAAGUAUUUGGUCAAUAACAAAAGUUUCUCAAUACUUUGUUAUAUACCCUUUGUUUGCAAUGACACAGGUCAAACGUUUUCUGUAAGUCUUCACAAGGUUUUCACACACUGUUGCUGGUAUUUUGGCCCAUUCCUCCAUGCAGAUCUCCUCUAGAGCAGUGAUGUUUUGGGGCUGUCGCUGGGCAACACGGACUUUCAACUCCCUCCAAAGAUUUUCUAUGGGGUUGAGAUCUGGAGACUGGCUAGGCCACUCCAGGACCUUGAAAUGCUGCUUACGAAGCCACUCCUUCGUUACCCGGGCGGUGUGUUUGGGAUCAUUGUCAUGCUGAAAGACCCAGCCACGUUUCAUCUUCAAUGCCCUUGCUGAUGGAAGGAGGUUUUCACUCAAAAUCUCACGAUACAUGGCCCCAUUCAUUAUUUCCUUUACACGGAUCAGUCGUCCUGGUCCCUUUGCAGAAAAACAGCCCCAAAGCAUGAUGUUUCCACCCCCAUGCUUCACAGUAGGUAUGGUGUUCUUUGGAUGCAACUCAGCAUUCUUUGUCCUCCAAACACGACGAGUUGAGUUUUUACCAAAAAGUUCUAUUUUGGUUUCAUCUGACCAUAUGACAUUCUCCCAAUCCUCUUCUGGAUCAUCCAAAUGCACUCUAGCAAACUUCAGACGGGCCUGGACAUGUACUGGCUUAAGCAGGGGGACACGUCUGGCACUGCAGGAUUUGAGUCCCUGGCGGCGUAGUGUGUUACUGAUGGUAGGCUUUGUUACUUUGGUCCCAGCUCUCUGCAGGUCAUUCACUAGGUUCCCCCGUGUGGUUCUGGGAUUUUUGCUCACCGUUCUUGUGAUCAUUUUGACCCCACGGGGUGAGAUCUUGCGUGGAGCCCCAGAUCGAGGGAGAUUAUCAGUGGUCUUGUAUGUCUUCCAUUUCCUAAUAAUUGCUCCCACAGUUGAUUUCUUCAAACCAAGCUGCUUACCUAUUGCAGAUUCAGUCUUCCCAGUCUGGUGCAGGUCUACAAUUUUGUUUCUGGUGUCCUUUGACAGCUCUUUGGUCUUGGCCAUAGUGGAGUUUGGAGUGUGACUGUUUGAGGUUGUGGACAGGUGUCUUUUAUACUGAUAACAAGUUCAAACAGGUGCCAUUAAUACAGGUAACGAGUGGAGGACAGAGGAGCCUCUUAAAGAAGAAGUUACAGGUCUGUGAGAGCCAGAAAUCUUGCUUGUUUGUAGGUGACCAAAUACUUAUUUUCCACCAUAAUUUGCAAAUAAAUUCAUUAAAAAUCCUACAAUGUGAUUUUCUGGAUUUUUUUUCCUCAAUUUGUCUGUCAUAGUUGACGUGUACCUAUGAUGAAAAUUACAGGCCUCUCUCAUCUUUUUAAGUGGGAGAACUUGCACAAUUGGUGGCUGACUAUAUACUUUUUUCCCCCUAUGUAUAUUAUUAAUGUAAAAAUACAUUUUGUGACUCUUUGCAUUGAUCAAGUGUGCAACAUUAUGUGCAAUAUGGUUUAGAUGACAAGCUCCUGUAUAGUUUGAAUAGUUAUCCUUAUUUUGUUUUUCUAAAUACUAAGGUAUUUACGGUAUGCUAAUAGCUGCACACACACAUGAAUCAGGAAUGUGGCUUUGGCCACCACACCACAUCCAAAGCUAAUGUAAGGAUAGUUUAAACAGAAAAGUUGAAAAUCUGAAGUUGAAGAGACACAGAUCUUACUUCACAUAUUUUACGAAUAGCCUUAAUGUGCAUGUGAAAAGGGGUCUAUGUGUGACUGUAUUCCUGUAAUUGACACUUCUGAAUGCUAUUCAGGUGUGGAGUGAGGUGAACCAGGCUGUGUUGGACUAUGAGAACAGGGAGUCAACGCCCAAACUGGCCAAGCUACUCAAGCUGCUGUUGUGGGUUCAGAAUGAGCUGGACCAGAAGAAAGUCAAAUACCCCAAAAUGACAGACUUCAGCAAAGGCAUUAUUGAGGAUCUCAAGUAA